AUGUUGGACAAUAGAUUGUUAUUAAAUAACUCGUUCAUUCGAGAAUUUCUUCAGAUUAUGGGUUUUACCCGCCCUUUAAUACAUGCUUUUAUCAACGAAGCCAUUGAUCGGCGAUUAAAUUUUUAUGACGACUUUACUGAUGGGUAUCGUAUGAUGGUAGACAGAAACCCAAUGGGACUGAUCCCUGAUCUUGAUGAAUUGGCAAAUUUUAAUCCAAUUGAAGUAGUCCACGAAGCGCCGAGAGAAUACGCCGAAGUUGCAGGUAUAGCAGUCGUUGAAAACAACUCCGUUGGACCUGUCCAUGAAGGAAGAAACGAUGAGGCUGAAGUUCCAGGCAUGGCAAUCGUUGGAGAGAAUCAAGUUGGACCUGUUCAAGAAAGAAGAAACGAUGAGGCUGAAGUUCCAGGCAUGGCAAUCGUUGGAGAGAAUCAAGUUGGACCUGUCCAUGAUGGAAGAAACGAUGACACUGAUGUUCCAGGCAUGGCAAUCGUUGGAGAGAAUCAAGUUGGAUCUGUUCAAGAAAGAAGAAACGAUGAGGCUGAAGUUCCAGGCAUGGCAAUCGUUGGAGAGAAUCAAGUUGGACAUGUCCAUGAUGAAAGAAACGAUGACACUGAAGUUCCUGGCAUGGCAAUCGUUGGAGACAAUUCAAUUGGACCUGUCCAUGAUGGAAGAAACGAUGACACUGAAGUUCCUGGCAUGGCAAUCGUUGGAGACAAUUCAAUUGGACCUGUCCAUGAUGGAAGAAACGAUGACACUGAAGUUCCAGGCAUGGCAAUAGUUGGAGAAAAUUCAGUUGGACCUGUCCAUGAAAUAAGAUAUGAUAACGCUGAAGCAGCAGGAAUAGCUACUCCAGUACCUGUUGCUUUAAUUGCUCAUGAUCAAAAAGCUUUAGUAGAUAACGACGAGCUGUUUUAUGUUGGGGAGUUUGAGCUAUUAGAUGAGCCAUAUGAAAAUGAUUACAUUCAUGAUUCAGCUCAUCUGCAAGUGUUUGACGACGACGAAGCCAAGCGGGACUUGGAUUUAUGUUCCGUGUGUCAUUUAAAUGCGAAAAAAAUGCUUUCUUUCCUUGUGGGCACCAUUGCAUAUGCGACGAAUGAAAAAUAUCGAGUUGAGAAUUGCCACCGGGCUAAUUACAUAAUACAUUGUAUUAUCUGCCGUGCUCCCAGUCAAAGCAUUUCGAGAAUUCACGGUAGUACUACCGUUACCACAAGUGUCAAAUCCCAAAACCUAACCUUAUUUGAUUAA